UUCAGGAGCAAACAUCGCAGGCUGGAGAUGAGCUCCUCGGCCAUCGACUACAGCGCCUGGGACCACAUCGAGGUUUCGGACAACGAGGACGAGACCUGUCCGUUCGUGGACACGCCGAGCCUGUUCCGGAUGAGACACCGGGCUCGACUGGAGCGAAUGGCUGCCUUCCAGCAGAGAGGAGAAGAGCUGGAGGUCAACUAUGUGGAGUGCAAAAGGAUGCUGGAGGAGGCCCGGCAGCGACUCUGCACGCUGGAGGACGGAGAUGCUGAGAAGAAGAGUGUGGAGGUCGAGCUCCACAAACUGGAGAAGGAUAAACAGACGUUUGAGCAAAUGAUAGAAGGAUACAAGCGAGAGGAGAGACGGCUUCCCUGGAACGUGGACACCAUCUGCAAGGACGGCUUCGACAAGAGCGUCCUCAACACAAAGCCAGCCGAUCCAGAGGAAAAGGAAAAGGUGGAGGCGCACAAAAGCUUCGCAGAGAAAUAUUCCAGCGAAAUCAAACACUUUGGGAUGCUGCGUCGCUGGGACGACAGCCAGCAGUUUCUUUCCGACAACCCCCACCUGCUGUGUGAGGAGACAGCCAACUGCCUCGUGGUCAUCUGUGUGGACCUGGAGAUCGAUGAGAAGCCGGCGCUGAUGGAGCAGGUGGCCCACCAGGCCAUCGUCCUGCACUUCAUCCUGGACUUGUCUAAAGCUCUGAAGCUGGACCCCCGAGGCUGCUUCAGGCAGUUCUUCUCCAGAAUCAAGACUGCAGACAAGAGCUACCUGGAGCAGUUCGAGCAGGAGCUGGACCAGCUGAAGGAGCGGGUCCGCAGCUGCGCCAAAGCUCGCGUCCACGACACCAUGAAGGAGCUGGAGGAAGAGGAGAGACAGAAGAGGCUGGGUCCAGGUCUGCUGGACCCGCUGGAGGUCUACAACUCACUGCCCAAGGAGAUGCAGAGAAGCUUCGAUGAGAAGAACGUCCAGCUGCUUCAUGACGUCAUCAACUCCAUGGACCCACAAGAGGCCAAGUUCCACAUGCUGAGGUGCAUCGAUUCAGGGCUGUGGGUGCCAGAGCCUGGAGAGGAGGAGGAGGAGGGCGAUGGGGACGAGGAGGAAGACGCUCAACCUGGAUCUCAAAGUAGUCUGACGUCGCCGCUGAGAAGGAUGAGGAGCGACGGACGCCCCGUGUGUGACUGAGGCGGAGGAGGAGGGGAGAUGGGCUUCUCCACGGAGGACGGCGGGGAGGUGGGGAGUGGCUGGGGGAAACCAAUUGUGGCAG